ACUCUACCACCAUGUCUUCUGCAAAUCAACAACAACAACGGUCACCUUACAACAGUUACUAUAAUGUCCAGGCUGCUUAUGGCGACCGAAAAAAGUCGGCUGGAUCGUAUGCAAGUCGUAAAGGAAAGGAUCGUGAGAAAUCAGAAGGCAGCUUUUCGAGUACUGGGCGACUGGAUAGCGGAUUCAGAAGCAAGGUAAAGAGCGGACGGGAGGGGGAGGAGUGUAAUUAUACAUGCUUCAGACGCCCAGGCAAAUAACUCUAUCCUUUUUUUUUCAUCAAAUAUUAGGAUAACAUGGAGUUGUUCGUCGACCAAAACUUUGGCAGUAUGGAAGGCAUUGUAAAUCCCGAUUUUUAUUCUGGACACCAACAAAACAACAACAACAACAACAAUCACAAUAACAGUAACAGCAACAGCAACAGCAACAGCAACAACAACAGCAACAACGGUUAUGCACAUCCGGUACUAAACCCAAUACAGAACCAGGAUUCUGCAGAACCAUGGGCUCCACCGGACAGCUGGGCCGUGCAACCAGCUGAAAGCAUACCAGGAUCUGACAUACAAUCUGCAACAUUGAUCGACGACGAAGCGUCGGAAUACGACGGAUACUCUCUUAUGGAACCCCAAAAAUACGAUUUCCCAAGAAAAAAUUAUUGUAUUCGUAUCUUCCGACCCGAUGGCACGUUUGCCACACUACAACUCCCACUGUCAACCACAGCCAAGGAUAUCGUGCAAAGACUGGCAAGCAAGUUCUUUAUGCCUGACUUGAGCAAACUGAAUUUGAUGAUUAAACGAAACAAAUCAGAGCGUAUCCUCCAACCAAACGAACUGCCUUUGCAGUUACAAAAGACGUUACUCGAGCAGAUGGGAUACAGCGAACAGGACAACAUUGAAGACGUCGGCCGCGAAGACAACUCAUACUUGCUGCGAUACGUAUUUGGCCAGAAUAUGGCGCCGAUAACACACGAAGAUGCCGAUUACAGCGAACACCAGCAUAUUGAUCUACAAGCACGAAACCUCCCGACAAUCCCAAUCUUCUUGUACAAAUACGCCCAGCGCAUCGUGUCGCUCGACCUGUCGAAAAACCUGCAAAUGGAGAUACCCGUUGACUUUAUCCAAAUGUGCCGCCACCUGAAACAACUGUGGCUGGCCAACAAUGACUAUGUGGCAAUACCCCAAUCCAUCCGCUUUGUCCGUGGCCUCGAACACCUCAACAUAUCCGGCAACCGGCUGCGCGACCUGAACCACGCACGAUUCGAAGAACUCGCCGGACUGAAAACGUUGCGCGUAUACAACAACCGACUCGAAAAGCUUCCUCGAUCCUUUGCCUCCAUUAAACACUUGACAAUGCUGUUUGUCUCCAACAAUGCAUUCACGACGUUCCCCGAAGUCAUUUGCGACAUCACCAGCCUCACCUACCUCGACAUUAGCUUCAACAAGAUCCAAUCCUUCCCCGACGAAAUCGGUAACCUCAAACACCUGGUGCGUCUGUUUGCAAUCGCCAACAGAUUUUCCGGCAGUUUACCCGACAGUUUUGCAAAGCUGGAGAAUCUGCAGGAACUCGAUAUUCGACAGAAUUUGAUCACUGAGCUCGACGUGCUCUCGCAGCUGCCAAAACUUGAGAUUCUGUUUGUCGGGUACAAUGCUGUCAGUAUUGUUGGCUGUGAGUUCAAAAGUUUGCGGCAGCUCAAGAUGACCAAGAAUCAUCUCACACAGUUCAAUUUGGGCGGUUCGCAGCAACAGCAACAACAAUCUAGCAAUGUUGUCACUGGGAUACCGGCUCCCAUAGCAACGAGUUAUGACGGCGCCAUGCUGACCGAUCUCGACUUGUCCAGCUGUAUGCUUUCGUCGUUACCUGAAGAUGUGUUUCUGUACACGCCAUUGCUUGAAGAACUGGUCUUGGACAGUAACACGCUCAAUUCAAUUCCAACCAGCAUUGGCGCGCUUCGCAAGCUGCUUCGACUGUCGGUCCAGAAUAACUUUUUGGAUAGUCUGCCGUCUGAAAUCUCCAAGCUUAGCGAACUCAAGGUGCUGGAUGCCCAAAAGAACAAUCUAAAGAUGCUGCCCAAGGAGAUUUGGCUCUGUGCGUCGCUGCAGACGCUCAACUGCUCGUCUAACUUGCUCGAAACGUUCCCCAAACCAUUCUCUGCACCAGGUGUCGCACUGCAUCUCCCGUUGGCACCACAAGCCGAUGCCGUGGUCCCGCCCUCGGUCGUGGCUAAUGCAUCUGACGGUGUUCUUCCAAGUCCACUGGGAGGACAUGCCGGUCAGGGGAUGGUGCCGGGUACAGCAGCAAACGCGUUUAGAGAUGCCAUUGCCGCCGACGAAAGCAACAACAACAACAACAAUAACAACAUGGCCGUCAGUCCAGGAAGCACGCUCCAAUCGCCUCCAAACUUUAAUCCGCCAUCCUUCUUUGCCAGCCCUCGCAACCAUCCACCACCGCUAUCACUUUCGCUUCGUCGCUUGUUCCUCGGUGAUAACCGCUUGACCAACGAAAUCUGGUCGCCGUUGAUGCUGUUCCUCGAACUGCGAACGCUCAACUUGUCAUUCAACGAUCUCGAUGAAAUCCCACCGGAACACUUGUGCCAUCAGCAUCUUUACGAACUCUACCUGUCCGGCAACCAUCUGACUUCUUUACCGGCAGACGAUAUUGAAAAGCUGAGCUAUUUGCGUGUCCUGGCUGUCAACGGCAACAAGCUCCAAACACUGCCUGCAGAAAUCGGCAAACUCCGCAAGUUGUUGGUGUUGGAUGUAGGCAACAAUGUACUAAAGUACAAUAUUGCCAAUUGGCCCUACGAUUGGAACUGGAAUUGGAAUUUGAGCUUAAAGUUCUUGAAUCUGUCCGGCAACAAGCGUCUCGAGAUCAAGAAGAUGCACCCAGAAGCGCACGGGCCGAAAGAAAAGGAUCUGGCCGACUUUAGUGCACUUACGCGACUUCGCAUGUUGGGCUUGAUGGAUAUCACGAUUCUAGGCGUAUCCGUUCCCGAAGAGUCGCCCGAUCGUCGUGUGCGGACGUCGCCUUCCGAAGUCAACAACAUGGCGUAUGGGAUUGCCGACUGGCUCGGUUCAAACGAACACUUGGGUACAUGGGACUUGGUCAUGCCGCGCUUCCGCAACAAUGACGACGAGAGUAUUUUUGGUCUAUUUGACGGGCGCAAGAGCACACGCACAGGCUGCAAGCUCACAAAAUUCCUCAACGACCACCUCACAUACCACGUCAUGAGCGAACUGCGUAAGCUCAAGGAAGACGACACCGUUGUCAGCGCACUGCGUCGAUCAUUCCUGUCGCUCGAAAAGGGACUUGGCGGCCAGAUUGGCGAUGAAAAGGAUUCGGGUGCGUCAGCGGUGGUGUGCUAUAUCUCAGGCACCAAGCUCUAUGUGGCCAACGUCGGUGAUGCCAUGGCCGUCAUUUCACGCAACAACGGCCAAGCCUACGAAAUCACACACAAGCAUAUCUCACUGAAUCCAAGCGAAAUUUCGCGUAUACGGGCCGCAGGCGGUUUCGUGUCCAACACCGGCAAGCUGAAUGGUGAGCUCAAGGUAUCACGUGGGUUUGGUUACUUUGAUCUGAUCCCAGUGGUGAAUGCCAACCCGUAUGUGGCGACGAUCGAACUGACUGAGAAUGACGAGUUUGUGAUCAUGGCGUCGCGCGGGCUGUGGGAACGCAUGAAUUACCAGACGGCGGUGGAUGUGGCACGAACGGAAAAGGAUGAUUUGAUGGCCGCUGCUCAAAAGCUGCGUGAUUUUGCCAUCACGUAUGGUGCCGAAAAGGAUUUGAUGGUCAUGGUCAUUGGUGUUGGCGAUCUGUUUGACAAGCGCGAUAAGCGGUUCCGGUACUUGCGAGGUCCUGGUCGUGGCGCUGCGGGUGCGGAUGCAGCAGGGAUUUUGUUGGACGAUGUUUCACUUGGACCCGCCGGUCUACCGCUCGUCGGCAAUUAUAGGCGAAGAGGCAAGGAAGGGCCUGGCGACUCGACUCUGGCACGGCUGGAUCGUGAGGUCCCGCCGCCCAUCAACCAGGUCGCACUGGUGUUUACGGAUAUCAAGAGCUCCACAUUGCUCUGGGAGACGCAGCCGGAAAACAUGCGGUCCGCGAUCAAGAUCCAUGAUGCAGUCAUGCGACGAACGCUGCGUAGUGUCGGUGGUUACGAAGUAAAAACUGAAGGUGAUGCCUUCAUGGUGUGUUUCCAAAACAUCACGUCAGCGUUACUGUGGUGUUUCACCGUGCAGCUGCAGCUCUUGGAUGCGGAUUGGCCAGCAGGUAUUCUCAGCACCGCGGAAGGACGUGAAAUCACAGACCAGGAAACAGGCCAGAUGAUCUACCGCGGUCUGUCUGUGCGCAUGGGUGUCCACUGGGGCACGCCUGUGUUUGAACGCAACCCAAUCACGAGCCGUAUGGACUAUUUCGGUCCUGUCGUGAACAAGGCAAGCCGUAUCUGUAACGCAGCCGACGGUGGCCAGAUCUGCGCGUCGUCCGAUGUUGUCGCCGCGCUACGCAACUUCCCCGGUGUCCUGGACGACAAUACGCUUGGGAUGGACGACAUGCCUACGUCGGCCAACAACUAUUUGAUCAGUCGCGAUAUCCAGCAGCUCAAACGCUUGGGUUUCCAUGUGAUGGAAUUGGGCGUACGUCGUUUGAAGGGUCUGGAAACGCCAGAAAUGUUGAGCUUGGUCUAUCCAAAGCAGCUUGCCGGCCGUAUGGAACUGGAAGAGCAGAACGCCAUGCUUGAAGAAGGCGCCACUACCAAUGCCACGACGCCUGCUGCUGCAACACCAGCCACAACGGGCACGACCACACCUGCUGCAGCUAGCACGCGAGCUAAAUCACCAUCUGCAUCACCACGUCUUCUUGGUACAGCAGAAACGUCACGGACCACAUCACCCCAACCAACCGAAGAAGAAGAAGAAGAGGAAGACGACGACGAUGUUGUGGAUGAAAUUGAGCCAGUUGAUCCGGCUGUCAGGGUCGUCGAGGACAGUUUUGCGAAACGGUUACCGCCGCGACCAUCGACCAUGUCGUUCAAGCCAAAGAGCAGCUCGAGUCUGAUCAGUAACCGAGCGAUCGACCCCAACCUUGUCUGUGCACUGAACAGUCUGGCGAUCCGGUUGGAACGGCUGACGACAGGCAGCAAGCAAGGACCAACGAACAAAAGCACGACGAUGAGCAAGAUGAUUGAGCGACAUAUCAUGUAUGAUGCAGGCGACGAAGAACUCAUGACGUUGAUGGAAAAUUUUGUUACGCGGGUCGAGAAUGCGGUGUCGACGCUCUACUUGCACAAGGUCGGACAUUUCGCAAACGUGCUGGAGAAGCUCGGCGAGGUAAUUGAGGUGGACUCGAUGCAUAUUUUGCGAGCGUUACAAAUGUAUUCCGACGUAGCUGGAUUGACCGAGUCGCCUGCUGGUCUGGCCACUUCUCCCCCUUCUUCACAACAACAACAACAACUCUAACCCUAAGCAAGCUCAUCUAAAAAGAAAAAACAAAGAACACACGCACACACACACAAACCAUACCCUCUUAUUCCAUUAUUCUUAAACUACUCUAUACUAUUAACCAUGAUUUCCUAUCUCUUUCUCUCACUUGAUCCCUGUCUUCCAACCCGCAACAAGCAACCACAUCACAUCACUCCACUUAGUCACUCACAAUAGCAUUUCUAUCACGCACACACAAACCACAAACACUGGCAAUAACCACCACUACCACCACCACUACCACCACCACCACCCCAUCAAGCAAAAAAGAAAAAAAAAGUCUUUCCCAAUGUUUUUAUACCAAC